AUGUUCAUGAAGGACUACCAUUCCUCUGCCUCUCCAUGGAUGGGUCCCUAUUCCUUCCUCAACAUCUGUCCCUCUGACUCUCCCCUUCCUCUUCUCCUGGCUCAGCUUGAUACCACCAUCCUCAAGGAUACCCUCUCUGCCCUCACUGAGCUCAACAAUGCCCAGGCCAUGAAGAAAUCCUACCAGGAUCUUAUGUUUCACUGGAUCUCAACAACCAGAUGA